UUGAUAUUGACGAUAUUGUCAACCUAUAAACGUAAACGUACAAAAAUAAACAAAUCUGACCAGAGCGGUUUGGCAAAAUUGCGGCGCAUAUUCCUGUAAUUCCUCCUUUCUUCUUCUUUCUAUGUCGGGAAUGAUAACACGGGCAACGGUAAGAGCUUUCGCAACGGAGGCUUUACGUGUUGUCAACAAUGUUGCUACGCAACAGUUCACCGUAACACUCAAGAAUGAAAACGCGGUAUUAGGCUACCGGCUAGUAGGAAAACACAUAACGUUUGACCAUACAGACGUGCCACCGGUGUUUCAAGGGAAAGGCGUGGGAAAAUUGCUUGCCAAGUACGCAUUUGAUCAUGCUCAAAGUAACAAACUGGAUGUAACAUGCAGAUGUCACUUUCUGGCCAAAUAUUAUGAAAAGAAUGCAGCAAAAUAUAAAGGCUUAAAAGUUAAACUAGACUUAGAAUAAUAUACUAAACAUGGAAGCAGCGUGGCAUAGGUGUAAUAUUCAUUAUUAUUUAAGAGAAAAAUGUUAUGGAAAAGCUAAAACCAUUGCUAAAAUUGCCUCAUCACAGUUUCCUGAUACAGUAGAGUAUCCAUUUUAUCAUGGCCUAGCUCAGAUACUUGAAGGACAGAUUCAAAAAGGAAUCAAUGAACUAACUCCAUUACAGUCCGACAAAGAUAUACAGUUGGCAGUUGUUAUUGCUCUAAUUUAUGGCCAUAAACUUGCUAGUUCUGUUGAAAGAGAUGCACUAUACGGCCUAGAAUCCAAACUGAAAGAGGAGAGAAAGCAAGCUACUGCCACAUCUUACUACUACUCUGGUUUGUUUCUUUCGUUAGCCGGAAAAUAUGAGAAGGCCUCUGAAUAUAUUAACAAAUGUCUGAAAAAAGACUCAAACAACAUAAAUGCCAUUAUUUUAAAGGGCUGGAAUGACCUGUACAUGUAUAUUGGUGACAUGCAAGGAGCAAUAUUGGAUUGCUUGGAGCUGGCUCUCAGCAAGAGUGACCGUAAUGUGGAGGCAUUGCUUGGGCUAGCUAAAUUUAAAUACUUUGCUAAAGACCAUGAAGCAUCCAAUCUCACAUUGGACAGAUUGAUUGUUAGCAGCCCUGGACAAGUUGUGCCAUUAAUUGAGAAGUUGAAAAACGAAUUUGCAAUGCAAAAGUGGGAGCCUGUCUAUGACACAAUUGAAAGAAUCUUCCAUUUGGAGUGUGACAACAUUGUAGCAUUGAGAAUACGAAUUUAUAUUGCUUUAUGCAUAAAUUCAGACUACAUUGAAGCUGCUGAUCAAUUAAACAAGUUUUAUGGACUGUUAGAAAAUGAAGAGACAUAUAAUGGCUAUCAGUUUUACAACACAACUCAGAUAUUUUCAAGAGUUUGUGCAAGAUCAAGUGCAGUCCUUUCUCAAGUUUACAGAUUUGCACAAUAUGCUUCAGAAAUGUACUCAAACAAUGUUGAUUAUUUAAGCGAGGUGGGAUACCAGUGUUUGCUUCAAGGAAAGCAUAAAGAUGCCUUAAGCUUUUUCAAGGCAGCCAGUAAAAUUGAUAGUAACUCCAUAACUGCUUUAUGUGGAUUAACCCUUUGCCAGAUGUAUGAGAAUGGACCCACUGAACAAAUCUCUCAACAAAUUGAAUUAUUGUUUGAAAUGCAGGGCUCAAAAAAGGUGCCUAUUUUAUAUUUACUGUCAGCGCAGUUGAAUUUGAAGAACUCGUCAACUGCUGUGGCUUUGCUUAACACAGCAUUUGAAGCUAAACUCUCUUCAGCAAACAAAUACCCUUUUGGGCUGACAUAUGUAAAGGAUCUUGAUCCUGAUUUGCUUGAAGUUUAUAAAGAGUACAAGAAGCAUUUGCCAAAGAAACCAUUUGUGAUUGUUGGCUACCUGUUGUAUUCACAAGAGAGCAGUUCUUUAGUUUCAAACUGCUUGAAUAUUCUGGAGACAGCUUGUAAAGCUUGCCCCAGCCUGAUAACUGGCUUAUACGAACUUGCCAAGUUAAAGUUUUUGUUUGGUUAUGCAAAUGAAGCUCAGAAGUUGGCCCAACAAGUUGGUGAACUCGAUAAUACACACGCGGGCAGUCAGGUGCUGUUGGCUCAAAUUUACAUUCAACAACAAGCAUUUACUAAAGCCGCUCAAGCUUUAGAGUUGUGCUUAAGCUACAAUUUCAAAGUCCGAGACAGCGCUAUGUACCAUUUCUUGAGUGGAGUUAUAUUGAAAGGUGCUAACAAGCUUCAAGAUGCUUUAUCGAGUUUCAGCACAAGCUUGCAGAUAACGACAAGCAAAACUAGCAAUAUCAGUCGCCAGUUUGAAUCAGAUUUGAACAUUAUUGAUAAAGCCACAUUGUAUUUGCAAAUUAUAGAAAUACAAACUUCAUUGGGUCAGUUAGCAGAAGCGGGGAAAACUAUGCAGGAAGCUAUUCAAGAAUUUUCCUACACCUCAGAAGAAAGCCGCCUCCUCAUAGCUCGCGCCGACCUGGCUCUAAAGAAAGGCGAUGUAGACGGUGCCAUAGACAUUCUAAACGAGAUCAAACCAGGGCAGCCAUACUACUUCCAGGCUCACAGCAAAAUGGCCCAUAUUUAUCUUCAAGAGAAGAAGGACCGAGCUAUGUUCACAACUUGUUUUAAAGAGGUAGUCAGUAACCAUCCGAUGGCUGAUGCUCAUACUAUGAUGGGCGAUGUUUAUAUGUCUAUUCAUGAGCCAAUCCAAGCAGUGGAAUCCUACGAGGCAGCGCUCCAAAGUAAUCCAAAGGACGUGAGUCUGGUCCGCAAGCUUGGUGAGGCGCUAGUGAAGACACAUCGGUACGACGCAGCCGCGCAGCACUAUGAGACUAAUAUUAAGCUGCUCAAUGAUGAUACGCUCAGAUUUGAGUAUCUUGAGCUACUUAUCAAGCUAAAACAAUAUGACAAAGUGGACGCAGUGAUAUCCGCCGACUUAAACGAAAUGUACAACAAGGGUAAAGACAUCCCGACCUUAAAGAGGCGAGUCAAUCUCCUCCUUCUGCAAGCGAAGAGCCGAGAGCUCAAGAACCCGACUGCUGGAAACACGCAUCUUAUACUUACAGAAGCGAGAGAUUUACAGGCAGCUAUAGUGAAAAGGAUAGAGAUAGACUCUCGAGGAGACCUGCUGGAAGAGCGGCGGCAGUUGUCCCAUAUCCUCUGCUGCUUGGCCAAAGUCAAGUCUACCAAGGAGCCAGCCGUCGCUGCCAAUCUGUACUCCGAGGCCCUUAUACAAGCGCCGAGGGACCCUAAUACAUUGCUGGCGCUGGCCAAGUUGUUCGCACAUAUGAAUAAUCCAGAGAAGUGUGAGCAAACGUGCGCCAUCUUGUUGAACACAGACCCGAACAACGAAUCUGCUGCAGUUAUGAUGGCCGAUCUAGCUUUUCGAAAAGUGGAUCUAGAAACAGCCCAACGCCACUUAACUCAGAUCCUCUCAGUAAAGCCAAUGAGUUGGGAAGCACUCGCACAACUGAUCGAAGUGCAAUGGCGGCGCGGCAAGCUCUCCGACGCAGAGACAGCGUUAGAUGCAGCAAAACAGGAGCUAGGGGACGCAGAUGAUCCAGGCUACCAGUACUGCAGCGGCGUAAUGUCCGUAUACGCCGGGCGAGCGAACGCGGCACUCCGCCAGCUGAACCAAGCGCGCCGCUCCCCACGCUGGGGACAACUCUCGGCGCGGCGCAUGGUGCUGCUGUGUCUGUCCCAGCACGCGCCGCCCACACACGACAACAACGAGGACGACACAAGAAUGCUAGCGCUCAAAACGGCCGAGAAACUGCUAGCGGAGGUAGCGCCCGGGGACCGAAAAGCACUUCAGGCGCUAAUCCAGCUCGCUACAAGACAGAAGAGUAUGGCCGAACGGGUGUUGCAAGAUCUCCUGCCUGCCAUCACCGAUGACGUAGCCCAAGACGAUCCGUACCUCAUACUAGCUAUAGCUAACGCUUACAACAUCGUGAAACAGGCAACAAGAGCCAAGAACAUCUUGAAGCGGACCAUUUCUUCUAUACCCUGGACUCCGGAGAAGGCAGAUGGUCUAGAGAGAUGCUGGUUAGAAGUCGCCGACGGCCAAGUAAGCUCCGGUCGGGUUGACGCUGCAAAAGAACUGCUGACCAAGGUCCUCAACCACAACAACUCCUGCUCCGCUGCUUAUCAGCUUUUAGGCUAUUUGGCCGAAAAGGAGCAGAACUACAAAAGCGCCGCCCAAAACUACGACAACGCGUGGUCAUUCGGAGGCAAAAGCGAUCUCUCCAUCGGUUACAAACUCGCCCACGCGUAUCUAAAGCUCAAGAAAUACCCAGAGUGCAUCGUCGUUUGCCGGCACAUACUUAAGGCGCAUCCAGACUAUCCGAAGCUGAAGAAAGAGAUAUUGGAUAAAGCUAAAACUAAUUUACGAACUUAGGGUUCAACACUGCAUUUAAACUGCGACCGCACAUGGUGUUUCGGAGUAAUCCACGCAUAUGUAAAGCUCAAAAAAUACCCCGAGUGCAUCGUUGUAUGUCGACACUUACUUAAGGUGCAUCCGGACUACCCUAAGCUGAAGAAAGAGAUAUUGGAUAAAGCUAAAACAAAUUUAAGAACUUAGGGUCCAAUAUUCCAUUUACGACAAUACAUUCUUUCGGAGGUAAGAGCGAUCUCCCGAUCGGAUACUAACUCGCCUACGUAAAUCUAAAUCUGAAGUAAUAACCUGAAUGCAUUGUUGUUUGUCGGUACUACCCCAAGUUUAAAAGAGAUAUUUGAUAAAGCUAAAACUAAUUUAAGAACUUAGGGUUCAACUUUGCAUUUGAACCUCUUUCACUUCGUAGAAAAGAGAAAAAUUCGGGCCUCUCGGAUCUUUUCUUUAGCUUACGUACUCUGAAGGUGGUUUUCCACCGGCAGAGCGUGAAUGGGCAGAGCGGAGAGGGAAUUGAAAUCGCCCUGACCCUUUUCCACUAAAAAUUGCCAUUAAUAGCCAUCGUGGGCCUGCGCGUGCCUGCCGUAGAUUGUAGGUUUCAUACGAUACUCUAUGUCGAAAGCAAUACGGUACAUUUUUACAGUAACAAAUAUCUCAAUUCAAGUCUUGCGCAUCCUCUUCAAUCCGCGCCUCGCCAUGUCUCGUCGCGCCGUGCCGGUAGAUUACCACCUUCGAGUUAAUUUAUACUCUAAGUAGGAAGCAGUACGGUUAAUUUUUACACUAACAAAUAUUUCAAUUUACGUCCCACACAUCCACGUCAAUCCACUCCUCUCCACGCUAAGCCACUUGUCGUCUCGCCCUGCCGGUGGAUAACUACCAUCAGAGUUAAUUUAUAUUUUAAAUCGGAAGCAAUACAGUUCAUUUUUACACGAAUAAAUAUCUCAAUAAAAAUCCCGCACAUCCCAGUCAAGCUUUACUAUUUCCACCGAAGAUGCGCUGGACGAGAAUUGAAAAUUUGUCAUACAAAUUUCAAUUCCCUCCCCGCUCUGCCCAUUCACGCCCUGCCGGUGGAAAACCACCUUGAGGGUAUUUUUGUAUAAUAAGUACUAAAGACUAUUUUAACCCACCAUUUUAUAUGGAAUUUGACAGUUGACAGCCCACUAAUCCUGAGUUGAGUGGUUGGUGCAAGUGGGCCUUAGUGUUCCAAGCUGAAGAAAUGA